UGAAUCAAUCAGGCGUCGGUUUGAUUGGGAAAGAACAAAGCCGUCCCCGUUCUCAGUUGUUCCCGUUACUAGAUUGGGAUUCCCGCCGUUGAAUUUACCGAAAUUAUGGCCGGCGGCGUGUGUUUUGCCUUCCGGCUGUGGCCACCAGCGUAGGCUGCGGUGGCCUGCACUUGCAGCGGGGCUUAGUCAACUGCCAUUCCCCCAAAACAAAGAGCCGCCUUUCUUUUCAUUUUUCCCUCACUAUUCAAUUCUCCAGUCCGCCCUAUUGGCCUAUUACUUUGGGGGGAGAGAGAGAGAGAGAAGAGAGAGAGAGAGAUGUAUGCGGUGGCUCCUCCGCCUACGAGUUCCAACUCGGCCGCCGGACCCGGCGAUGAAACGGCGGCGGUCCGCACUUACCAGACCUGGAAAGGCAGCAACGGUUUUUUCUCGGGAAAAUCAGGUUUCUGGUCUUCUUGAACGCUGAGCUCCGUUGGGUCAAUGAGUUAUCUUAGAAUCAGUGAAUUCCGUUUCUGUUAAUUAGCUGGGAUUAUAGGUGCAGACCGUCUUAGUUUAUAUUGCAGUAGUGAUCGUGCCAGGAAAAGACUGCGUGAUGCCAAUAGAAAAGAAUUUAUUGCAAGUACAACUGAGUAGAAACUUUUGGCGACCCACCCGCAUCAUGGAUAUAAUGACAUGUUCGAGUCUUUAAGAAAGAACAGUUUUAGCAACUUUCCCCGAAGCUUGAGUUUAUCAUGCGGGACAGGGAAAAUAGGUUUUGAAUGAAGCAUAUUUUUUCUUCAGGGGAGGUUCAUAUUCGGACCUGAUGUGAGAUCACUUUUCCUAACGAUGUUCCUUAUAGUUGCCCCAGUUGCUGUUUUCUGUGUCUUUGUUGCCAGAAAAUUGCUGGAUGAUUUUUCUCAUCAUUUGGGAAUAUUAAUAAUGGUGGUGGUUAUUGUUUUCACAUUAUUUGACUUGUUACUCCUACUAAUGACCUCUGGGAGAGACCCUGGCAUAAUUCCUCGCAAUGCUCACCCUCCAGAGCCAGAAAGUUAUGAUGGAAAUGCUGAAGUUGGGUCUGGCCUAACACCCCGUUUGCCCCGCAGCAAGGAUGUGGUUGUCAAUGGAGUAACUGUGAAGAUCAAAUAUUGUGACACCUGCAUGCUUUAUCGACCUCCUCGAUGCUCUCACUGUUCAAUAUGCAAUAACUGUGUUGAGCGGUUUGACCAUCACUGCCCUUGGGUUGGUCAGUGUGUUGGAUUGAGGAAUUACAGGUUCUUUUUCAUGUUUGUGUCGUCGACAACUCUUAUUUGCGUAUACGUAUUCGGGUUUUGCUGGGUUUACAUCAAGAAGAUCACAGAGAGUGAGAAAACAUCGGUCUGGAAAGCGAUGACCAAGAGCCCUGCUUCCUUGGUGCUAAUAAUUUACACUUUCAUAGCAGUCUGGUUCGUGGGCGGCCUUACCAUCUUUCAUCUUUAUCUCAUGAGUUCAAACCAGUCGACAUACGAAAAUUUUAGAUACCGAUACGAUGGACGCUCCAAUCCUUAUAACCGCGGAACGAUCAGGAAUUUGCAAGAGAUUCUCUGCACCAGCAUUCCCCCAUCAAAGAACAAAUUCAGAGCAAAGGUGCUAAAGGAGCCGGGAAUUCCCCCUCGCCUGGUGGCCGGUAGUUUUGUUGGCCGCUCAAACAUGGAAAAACCAGUAGUGGCUGACGACAUAGAAGCAGGAAACAAGCCUAACUGCAGGGAUGAAGAUGAAACCGUGCGAUUCAGCAACGAUGAAAGUGUGGACAAGGACGAAGGAUCGGAUUUAAGCAGGAACCUGACCAGUGAUGCUGCAGAUGUCCGAAUUACAUUACAUCCAAGGCGAUCCAGCUGGGGGAGGAGAAGCGGGAGCCUGGACAUAUCGCCUGAAGUUCUCGCCUUUGCCGCAUCCCAAGUUGGGGAUUCCGAUCGGAGCAGCGGCCUGAACUUGACGGAGAACGGGCAAUGACAGCGGCCGCUCAGGUGAGCAAUUUCUAUUAAAUCUUGUAUACGAAAGGGGAAGAGAAAAAAGAUAGGCUUCAUUAUCAGUCAAAAGCGUUCGGGUGCGGCUGUAUAUUGGUACCAAAAUACGGGUGUGUUUUAUUAUAUGGGCCUCUAUUCUAAAAAUGUUUAGGCUUUUUGCCACUUUUAAUCAUUUUGUUUUGUUUA